CUGUUGCGGGAGGACCAGAACUCUGCAAUAAAGCAUUUGAAAAAAUUCAAGAGAUCAAAAUGAUGUAAUAAAAGAGGGAUUAAGAACAAGCAAUCCGUCGCGAGUGGAAAAUCCGGGGAUCACUGGUGCUCUAAAUUGUUAUUCGCUUAGCAGGUUGCGGUGAAUUCUUUCAUUAUUUUAUUUUAUUUUUUUGCAGUCGCGGUCAUUUUCCACAUAAAGGGGAGCUAUGCCGUUACUGCUCUUCUGCGGCGACGCUUGAUUAACCAUGAUGAAGACCGAGUCGCCGUCCACUGCGAGCGCUAACAGCAGCUCCAACUCCAGCUCCACACUGAGGAGCCCGUCUCCGCAUCGGAAUGCCUACGAGGCGGGGAUUCAGGCACUCAAACAGGCGACGGACGCCCUAAACAGUGCUGCUAAUGGGGAUAGCCAGGAUGCCAAGGCAAAAGCCGCUGCUCGUGGGCGCAGAUAUGGCUCCAAUGUGCACCGCAUUAAGAACAUGUUCAUGCAGAUGGGCACCUCUGUGCCAGGUGAGGGCGAGGACCCAGCAAAGCCCAACGACCGGUCGGUCCGCCUGUCCCUCCCCAGGGCCAGCAGCCUUAAUGAGAACGUGGACCACAGCGCUCUGCUCAAGCUGGGCUCAAGUGUUUCAGAGCGGGCCAGCCGCUUUGAUCCCAAGGGAGAUGGUGGCCAGUCACGGGGGUCCUCGGGCAUCUCCAAGCUUCAGGAGACCCGCAAAAUCUUCGAGCAGCGGCACAUGCAGGAGAAGCAGGCGGCCACCAACCGCAUCCUGCUGAAGAAGGAGCGGGCUUCCGGCUUCCAGGAUGGCCGACUGGACUACCUGGUGCCCUUCAACGGCAGCACGGAGUCUCUGGACAGCCUGGACGCGGGUGCCACCGAGGCCGUCUCGCCCACCGUCCGCCAGCUGAGCGCCGAGUUCGAAAAGGGCGACCUCCGCAACAACCUGCACCGACCCUCCUCUGUCUCCCCGCUGUCCUCUCGGGGGGUCAGCCCUCCACCUGGGAAGGUGGGCGUCCUCAACUCCAAAAUCAUCUCCAAGAGGGCGCGCACUUUCCCGCAGGGAAACCAGGAGGACGGCGGGCAUGAAAUGGACCAAGAGGAUUCACCCAGGAGCCCCAAGAGCAAGGUGAACUCCCAGCCUAAGGAGGAACCUGGUUCCGACAGACUGAGAAAAGAGGGCGCCACUGGGGACCUGCACAAGGCCAUGCCAGAGUUGGGGGGCAGCAGGGAAAAGGAGGGCAUAGACUCCAGUGCCAGGGAUCAAAUCGAAAAGGAGUGUAAACCGGUGGGGCAGGAAGACUCUGGUGGCCUGGAGGUUGGGAGCAGAGUGGUGCAGGCUGAGGUUCACGCCUCGCUAGAGAACGGGGAAGCAGCUGCAGAGAAGGAGGCCGGUGAAGCAGGCCUGUCGGCCCCCGAGGGCCCUUGCACCGCAAAGGGCAAGGAGGAAGGAGAGGGGGAUGAGCUAGAUGAGUCCCCACAGGGAGGGGAGGACAGAGGAGAGGAGUCCCGUAAGGAGGAUUACUCUGAAGGCGACCUGGUGGAUAUCAGUGCGUACAGCGGCAUUGGGGAGGACUCCGGAGGGAGCCAGCUCGAUGACGAGGAGGAAGAGGAGGAAGCCUACGAGCCGGAGUCCACCUGCUCUGAGGUCCCGGGAUUGCCUGCUGAGGAGGAUCCGCCGCCCAGCCGCAAGAUUGGCUUCAGCAUCGAGCCAAUCAAGGUCUUCACAACCUACUCCAACGAGGACUACGACCGGCGCAAUGACGACGUGGACCCCAUGGCGGCCUCGGCCGAGUACGAGCUGGAGAAGAGGGUGGAGCGGCUGGACCUUUUCCCCGUGGAGCUGGAGAAAGACGGAGACGGCCUGGGGAUCAGCAUCAUCGGGAUGGGCGCGGGGGCGGACAUGGGCCUGGAGAAGCUGGGCAUCUUUGUGAAGACGGUCACCGAGGGAGGGGCAGCACACAGAGAUAACAGGAUUCAAGUGAACGACCUGAUCGUGGAGGUGGACGGCACCAGUUUGGUUGGGGUGACCCAAAGCUUCGCCGCGUCGGUCCUGAGGAACACCACAGGAACUGUUCGGUUUAUGAUUGGACGGGAGAAGCCUGGCGAGCAGAGUGAAGUGGCCCAGCUGAUCCAGCAGACCCUGGAGCAGGAGCGCUGGCAGCAGGAGAUGAUGGAGCAGCGCUACGCCCAGUACGUGGAGGACGAGGACGAGACCGGUGAGUUUGCCACUGAUGAAGAGGAGGAGAUGAGCCCCAUGUUCCCCAAUGCCAUCGAGGUCUUCGAUCUGGCCGAGAAUGAGGACAUGUUGUCCCCCAUUGAAAUGGACCCUGAGAAGCUGGCCCACAAGUUCAAGGAGCUCCAGAUAAAGCACGCUGUAACCGAGGCCGAGAUCCAGCAGCUGAAACGGAAGCUGGCGCAUGCAGAGCAGGACAAGCUGCGCUGGCGCAUGGAGAAGGCGCAGCUGGAGCAGAGCGUGCAGGAGAACAAGGAGCGCAUGGAGAAGCUGGAGGGCUACUGGAUGGAGGCGCAGAGCCUGUGUCAGGCCGUUGACGAGCACCUGAAGGAGACACAGGCCCAGUACCAGACCCUGGAGCGAAAAUACUGCAAGGCCAAGCGCCUCAUCAAGGAGUACCAACAGAAAGAGAUUGAGUACUUGAAGAAGGAGACGGCUCAGCGCCGGGCCCUGGAGGAGUCCGAGGCGUCUCGCAAGGAGGAGACGGAGAAGCUCCAGGAUAAGGUAGUGGAGGAGGCGCAGGUGAAGAAUGGGGGGGGAUGUGUUGUUGAUAACGGAUUUGGAAUCCAAGGUGGAAGCACUGAAGACCUCUAACCCCUCAUAAAAGUGAAAUGAAGAGAGAGAGAUGCCUUUACCCUGGCCACCAUUUUAAAUUCCUUUCGCUGGCAGAUUGCAACAAAGACAAAAAAAAAAAACGAGAAGGACUGUUUGGACGGGAUCCUGAAAGAAGCUGCACUGGGGGGUGUGGGGUUAAUGUAAGGGAACAGCGUAUUUCCAUCUGGCACCUCUCCUCCCUCGUCAUCCAGCCCAGGGUGUCCAGAGGUGACUGGUUUGCUUUUAUGUGCAUUCAGGCGUCUAUUGUUGAAUACCAUUUCUCUAUAGGCCCAUGUAAUUUCCGAAUGUGGAGAUCAUUGUCUUGUGUGUUUCUUUUGGGGUUUUUUUGUUCAUUUUUUUUGGGGGGGGGGGGUUCCAUUUUAUGUACUAGCUGGGAAUACCGCCCCUAUUGGCUGCCUGCUUAUUUUGAUGUCUUGCCUCCUCCAAGGCCGAGGUACUGAAAAUGACAACGCUGAGGAUCCUGGCUAUUCACGAUGUUUGUCUGUCCGGAUCUCGGUCCUCCAGUGUGUUGUAAAUUAUCCGAAUUGAAUUUUUUUGAUCUCAUAAAAGUAAACAAGUGCCCCUGUUUUCUGCCUG